AUUACGGUGGCCGGUGUCGUAUAUUUUGCAGAAUCACCAUGGCGUUGAAAGAGACCGCAGGGCUGUAUGAGACACUCAAAACGGAGUGGAACAAGAAAAACCCUAACCUGAAUAAAUGUGGAGAACUUUUGACCAAACUUAAGGUUUCAUUACUGGAGCUGAACUUCUUACCUACCAGUGGGUCUGCGCUCACUAAGCAGCAGCUCAUUUUAGCUCGUGAUGUCCUUGAAAUUGGAGCUUUGUGGAGUAUCCUCAAGAAGGACAUCCCAUCCUUUGAGAGAUACAUGGCCCAGCUAAAAUGUUACUACUUUGAUUACAAGGAUGAACUGCCUGAAGCUGCCUACAUGCAUCAGUUACUUGGACUGAACCUGCUCUUCCUGCUCUCACAGAACCGUGUGUCUGAGUUUCACACAGAACUUGAGAGACUGAGUGCACGAGAUAUUCAGGCCAACGUAUACAUCAGACACCCAGUGUCCCUAGAGCAGUACUUGAUGGAAGGAAGCUACAACAAGGUAUUUCUUGCCAAAGGCAACAUCCCUGCUGAGAGCUACACCUUUUUUAUAGAUAUUCUGCUCGACACAAUUCGUGAUGAGAUCGCAGGAUGCAUAGAAAAGGCAUAUGAGCAGAUCCAGUUCAGUGAGGCCACCCGUGUGCUUUUCUUCAGUUCCCCCAAAAAGAUGACAGAUUAUGCCAAGAAGAGAGGAUGGAGUUUGAGCCCAGAUGGCUAUUACUCUUUCACAACUCAGCAGCAGCGGACAGAAGAGGUGACCAUCCCCUCUACAGAGCUGGCACAACAGGUCAUCGAAUAUGCACGACAGCUGGAAAUGAUUGUGUAAUCCGCCCCCAGGAACACACUCAGACACACAGGCCGCUGAUCCAGUGUGCAUCAAGUCCGCUCCCGUGCAGUUUCCCUGAGGAAUAUGACCUAAUUGAAUGCAGAGUGGUUGAGUUGUUGCCCAUAUCUCAAAAAUCAACCUUUUUUUUUCAUGUAUUUCAGUUAUCUGCAGGUCUAUCUCUCUGGAAGUUUGCUUUCUUUUUAAAAGAGGGGGAACAAAACUAAAAGUAUCACUGGUGACCCGUCUGUAGUCAGCAUUGCUACACAUGUACCUUUUAUUGAAGACAUUCAAGGUUUCAAUGGUCCAGGUAGUUAUUUUAUCCAAAACGACAUUAAAACUCAGCUCUUUAACAACUACUACAAAGUUAAUUACAUCACCACCCUGUUACCUUUUCUGUCAGUGUCACACAAAACAAUCUACUGAACAUUUUUCCUCCUAAUUCAAGCAAACUCUUUUUGUAUACAAAGUUAAUUUACUCUUUAGUAAAGCCCACAGAAAUGCAUUGCCCUUGCCUUGUAUCUUAGCAACUGACAGAAUUGCCAUUGAAGAUGGUGUGUUUUCUAAGUGGUAAUGCCUCUUACUCCCUUGAUGGUUUGUAAUCCAGUUGAUAUUACAAUGCAAAUCUUUGUCUGCAAUAAACUAUU